UAUGUUUUUCCGAAAUAAAUAAUUUGAUAUUUUCGAAACAUUAGAUUUAUUUCAUAUUUUGUUCAUUCCAAUCAAAAUAUUUUAUAUUUGUGAUUGUAACAAUAAACUUCUCAUUUGUGAAUUACUGUAAAUAAUUCCUCCAUAAAGGCACAAAAACUGCUAAAUCAGCGUCAAAAUGUCUGCUGAAUCUGAUAUGGAAUAUUCAGAUAAUGAUGGAGAUGACUAUGACUACUACGGCGGACAAGAUGAUUGCGAUAUGGAAGCUGUUGAUCGUAGUAAAUCUGAUCCCGAGUUUUUUUUAUUCUCAUGUUUACGAGUGGAAGAAGUAGAGAAGUUGUUAAAUGAAUCGAUUGAGUUACUUAGCAAUAGCCUUCAAAUAACGCCCUCGCUCGCUAAGGUAAUGCUACACGCAUAUGAAUGGAAUGCUCAAGAAAUUAUAAAAAAAUAUAAGGAAAACGCUAAUGAAGUUUUGGUGUACAGUCGCGUAAAACCUCGUAUGUCAUCAAUACAGGGAAAUUCAAGUCGCUCUAUUUGUGCAGUGUGUGCAAGUACCCCACCAUUACAAAAAUAUAGUGCACUAGCUUGUGGACACUACUUUUGUAAUGAUUGCUGGGCAAUGCACUUUGAAGUACAAAUUAUGCAAGGUGUAUCGAACACUAUACAGUGUAUGGCUCAAGAAUGUGAAGUAAGAGCACCUGAAGAUUUUGUGUUAUCUCAUGUGACAAAACCAGCUUUAAGAGAACGUUAUCAACAGUUUAUGUUUAAGGAUCAUGUGAAAUCUCAUCCCGAACUCAGGUUUUGUCCAGGACCUAAUUGCCAAUGGAUUUAUCAAGCAUGGGUUAGAGAAGGUGCACGUCGUGUUGAGUGUCAAGGCUGUGAAUUAUUAACUUGUUUUUCUUGUGGUGCACCGCACCAUGCACCAACUGACUGUACGACAAUUCGUCGUUGGCUUACUAAAUGUGCUGAUGAUUCAGAAACAGCCAACUACAUUAGUGCUCAUACGAAGGACUGCCCUAAAUGCCAGAUUUGCAUUGAAAAGAAUGGAGGUUGUAAUCAUAUGCAAUGUGGUGCUUGCCGGCACGACUUUUGUUGGGUAUGCUUAGGUGAUUGGAAAAAUCAUGGUUCUGAAUAUUAUGAAUGCAGCCGUUACAAAGAAGAUCCAAAUUUAGCUAAUGAUAGUCAACAUGCACAGGCAAGAGAAGCUCUGAAAAAAUAUUUGCAUUAUUAUGAAAGAUGGGAAAAUCAUGCAAGAUCAUUGAAAUUGGAAGAACAAACCCUUGCAAGUUUAAAGAGUCGUAUUAAUCAGAAGGUUAUGGCUGGUGAGGGUACAUGGAUUGAUUGGCAGUACCUCUGGGAUGCAGCUAGAUUAUUGAAGCGUUGCAGAUAUACACUCCAAUACACAUAUCCUUUUGCUUAUUACAUGGAUGUUGGACCGAGGAAAGAACUCUUUGAAUAUCAACAGGCACAAUUAGAAGCAGAAAUAGAAAACUUAUCAUGGAAAGUAGAGAGAGCUGAGACAACAGACAGGGGUGAUUUAGAAAAUCAAAUGGAUAUAGCGGAAAAAAGACGAACAACAUUGCUCAAAGACUUUUUAGAAUUUAAUAUUAAUAGCGCCUCCAGUAGUAAAAUAUAAAACAAAUGGUAACAUCAAAUGAAAAAUCAAUAAAAUAAAGGCAGUAAGCACCUUUGUAUAACUUCAGCUAGGUAUUUUCUUUUGCCAAAGUAUAUUUAUUAACAAGACUGCAAUAAAAUAGUUGAAAAUGGAA